CAAAAAAAGAAAAGAAAAAAAAACUGCUAGCUUGAAGCGACACAACGCAAACCCUCCCAAUAAAAUUAAAUUCUCUCAAUUACUCCCAUGGCGCCGAUUAAACCCUCUGCAAUUUUCUUCUUCUUCUUCUUCUUCUUUCAAUUGUUUCUCUCGCUAACCCUAGCUCGAAAGCCCCAUCAAAUCGAUUUCCGAUCCCCAAAUCUCUAUCCGGAGGGCCUCGUAUGGGACUCAUCAGCGCAACAUUUCAUCGUCGGCUCACUCCACCACCGUACUCUCGUCUCCGUCUCCGACGCUGGCGUCGCUGAAAACUUAAUCCACGAUCCCGACCUACCCGAAAAUGUCUCGAUCUUAGGCCUCGCGAUCGAUUCCAUCAACAACCGCCUCCUCGCCGCAGUACACGCCGCCGCUCCCCUCCCGGAGUUCAACGCUCUCGCCGCCUACGACCUCCGAUCCCGCCGCCGCAUCUCCCUCACAUCUCUCCCCUCCUCCAACUCCAAUCGCCGCCCCGUCGCGAACGGCAUUGCAGUUGACUUCAAGGGAAACGCUUUCGUCACAAACUCCGCCGAAAACUUCAUCUGGAAGGUCGACAAACACGGAUCAGCCUCGAUCUUCUCAAAAUCAGCGAGUUACAGUUCCCAUCCAAUAACCGCUAAUGAAGUCUACUCCUCGUCGGGGUUAAACGGCGCCGUUUACGUCAGCAAAGGAUACCUUCUGGUGGUGCAAUCGAACACCGGAAAGAUGUACAAAGUCGACGCUGACGACGGGACGGCGAGGCUGGUACUACUGAACGAAGAUCUGAAGGGGGCGGACGGGAUAGCGAUGAGGAGAGACGGCGUGGUUUUGGUGGUGAGUUACAGAAAGCUGUGGUUCCUUAAGAGUCAGGACAGUUGGGGGGAGGGGGUGGUUUAUGACGGAAUUGACCUCGAUGAAGAGAAGUUUGCUACUGCGGUGGCUGUGGGAGGUGAGGGGAGAGUGUAUGUGUUGAAUGGGUAUGUGAAGGAGGGGCUAAAUGGUAAUUUGGGAAGGGAGAGAUUUGGGAUUGAGGAAAUGAGGUCUACAAAAGAGAGUGAAGAAGAGAGGGUUUGGAUAUAUGUGUUGGUUGGGUUCGGUUUGGUUUAUUUCUUGUUUUGGAGAUUUCAGAUGAAACAGCUCAUUGGGAAUAUGGAUAAGAAGACUUCUUGACCAUUCCCUUUCUUCUUAGCUUUUCAUUGUUCUCUAAUCAUCAAUAACACUCUUCAUUUUUGGAAGCUCCAGGUUGAGUAGGUCCUGGAUUCUCGAAUUCAGAAUAUGCCCUCCGAAUUCAUUCUCGACGGAUCCGCCAUGCAUAACAGCAAUGGUGAUAAAUAGUUAUGGCAAUUACAGAACCUGGACAAUGCAUUCAGAUCAUUCCUACUACCUGUGAAGUGAGUACAACACCGACCCAUCCCCAAGCCAGCAACACCUUUAAUGUCCCUUCUCCACAUCAAAUUCAUGCUUCUCCCGGCCCCAACUUUCUGCUUCCCAUCAACUCAGGAUUUCUGCACAUUGAGUUCUUUCUCUUUUGCUACAUCAUUUUUUCCUCUUGUUUUCAGUUUCUGAAACAGCUUUUGAGAGACACUCUUGGUUGACGAAGAAUUAUCACUUGCUUCAACAUGCACAGCUGAACGGCAGCUCAUGUUCUUUGAAGUGUUUGGUGCUUCACUUGUGGAGACUUGAUGUCUCUUCCUAACUUUGGACGCGAGGAUGACGCCCCGGCAGUGGACUUCGUUAGAGUGUUUCUUACUUUGGUGCCACUUAACACAGCCUGAGAUGUACCAUGAACCAAAACGAAGUAAAUUCUAUUGCUCAAGAUAUUUGAGAGACUAAUUUCCUUUUCA